ACGCAAUCGAAUCCUCAGUCAGCAGCCUAUUGUUGGAGAUCAUAGUUGAUUGAUGGCUGCCCAGAUGUCUUCCCCUGAGCUCCACCCGGCAAGUGCUUCCUUGAGUUUGGUAAUAUCAGCACUCACUGUACUAAACUUGAGCACUACCGGGAAGAUCCUGGGGUUUCAUUCUUCUCUGCGCGUCUAUAUCCUCAGCCAACCUGUCCUUUGCGGGUUUGCAGCAUUCUGGAGGCUGCUCCGGCUCAUACACCGUCUCGGCACCAAGCCCCCCUCCCUCGAGCAGCUGUUCAUUGCAAUCAAGCGCAGAUUUCGAGAUUUGUCAAACAGUUUUCACCCCGAAAAUUCUGCCCCAACGCCCGAGGAGUCCCGGAACUGGCCGACAUUCUUCCCAUUAGUGCUGAGGCUCCUGGCAUUCUUGCUCGGAACAAUUUGGGGACCAGUCAAGCUCUUCGCCACCGAUGGAUUGCUGUGGACCAAGGUCUGGGCUGGGUGCUAUACCGCGUAUUACAUGGUCACUAUCUGCGCCGGUGCGGUUGAAGAGGAAGGCAUUGCAACCGAGGAAGCCGGGAGCACAGGGCCAGGCAACUCAUGGAUCGACCACGGCGAGGUCUACAGCGGAUAUCUAGCCAUCCUUCUGCAGCUAGCAGUUUUCUCGUGCGUCGACCUGAAGCCGAUUCAUCCGGACCGAGAUAUCCUUAAAGGAUACCAGUUCCGCUUCUACAGGUUGCUCGCGCACUUUGUUGCAUACCUGCAGUACAUCCGAGGGCCCUUUGCUCCGGUCCCGCGGCUGGUUGCUUUGGCCGUUCUUGGCUACUUGUUUGGACAAACGCCAAGUACACUUUACUUUCUUUCUACCGGUAGCAUGCCUCUUGUCGCUUGGUGGUUCUCUACGUCUGAAUUCGCACAGAACCACUUGUGUCUUUCUGCUCGGGGUACGGAGUGUUCAGUGAGGGAGAGCGUAUUUGCAUUUGACUUGUUUCUUAGACUCCUCUUCUUCUCCAUCUAUGGCUACACGGUUCACUACCAUCCGGAGGAGACGGCAAAAGCAUCGUGGCUUGAGUGGCUUCCUUGACUGAAGCCAAAGUGGUAUGAUCGUUCGGUCAGUUCUCUAGUCUUCGAAAUAUACCAGCAGGAACUCUCGAGUUUCAUCGUCUGUACAUACACCGUCAACCAUAAGUUUAAUGGCGACAAAGAGCGAAGCAAGUGGGUCUUAGUGCCACCUAGCAACCUAGCAAGCGGCACUAACAGUUUCACGCCAAAUCUGCAGCUAAACGUGUUAGAUUCAAGCAU